UUUCCCGGCCUAGUAAAAAGACAACAUUGCUGAAGUCUGAAAACGACGAUACUGAGAGCGUUUUUGUUGAAAAUAAAAUAGUAUUUGAAAUCGCCCGGACAUUGAAUUGACAGACAUGUUGGGAGACAUCAGUAUCAUCGUCUGAAGACUUACGUGAUGUACUUGGUUCACUGAACACACGGUAGUCAACUGAGUUCAGCACUGAUUUGGUGUCCUCUGCGCUGUGUAUGAACUAGAAGAUAGCACACCAUGGAAACCGAAGGGGAGGUUAUACCUAUUUGGCAGAACAAGCCGCAUGGAUCUACCCGCAGCGUGGUGAGGAGGAUCGGCUCAAUUGUUCCUAUGAAACCCCCGGCCAGGGCGUGUUUCCAGGAGCUCCCAGGCCUCCCUCCCCUGCGGCCCACGGACGGGCCGGCAGUGCCAACACUAGCAGACAUCGCCUGGAUCGCAGCCGACGACGAGUCAGAGACUUACGCCAGAGUGCGGAGUGACUCGCGUCCUCUGAGGCAUGAGUGGCGGCCCACGCCGCUCCUGGUUAUGCACAGGAACUCCUCAGUGCCGAACUUCCGCCGUGACAUCAGGAAGGUGGAAGGCCUGAGGAAGCCUGCGGUGACUGCGAUGAACCGCACCACCUCUCUGCAGGAUGAGCUCAGCAGACUCCGCUCCCAGAUCGCCAAGAUCGUAGCCACGGAAUCUGGCUCCAACCCCUUGACCCCUGACCUCCUGUCCCCUGACGACACCAGCAUGAGCUUUUCUAUGGCGCCCUUCGAGGCGGCACCCUACCAGCCAGCCACCACGGCCUCCUUCGUCAUCAGUGAUGUGACGGAAGAGGAAGACGAGGAAGAUGAAGACGAGGAGGAGGAGGAGGAUGUAGUGUCGGUUGUUUCAGAGUUGAUGCCGGACCCUACGCCGCCCGCCAACAUGUCGGUCUCCAUGACGGCCUCUGCGACCUUUGACCUGGACCGGCCCAGCAUGGACUUCCGGGAGGCGGAGGAGGACACCGUUUCACUGUCCAAGUCCACCAGCUUCGCUGACGUCAUGGACAUCCUGAAGGACAUGAACCGCAUGAAGAUGAGCAAGGACAGGUAUAACCGGGGCUGCACCUCCCUGAUAGGGGAGCCUGACUCUGCUCUGCUGAUUUCUGAGGCCCUGAGGAAGAAGUUUACGCUGAAGGAUGAAGACAUUGGAGGCAUGAAGAAACCCAAGUAGAGCCUCCGUUGUUUUCCACCCAAAUCCAACUCCCCACGUAGGCCUGUGCCCCCCAGAGGCCCGGGUGCCCCCGUCCCCAUCACCCAUGGCAACGGCUAAACCAGACGUCUGAAAAACAACCACCUCCUCCCUGCAAGUUGAAUCGGUCUGAAAUUAACCGAAUCCAGACCAUUCCCCAGCGUCUCGCCGUGUCGGAACGGGACAAUACCAGUCUUCUGUUAUUCCAGCGACGGUCCUUCCUCCUGAGCCCUAGGCGCCUCCUCCGAUGGAGGAUUUCCGAUCCGAUCCUUUCAGCAGCCAUGUCAUUGCAGUGCUAAGGUGAUGGAUAACUGUUAAACUGUCUCCAGUGCUGCCCAGUCACCUUUUGUAUAAAGGCUGGGGUUUCUCUUGGACAAUGCACCUGCCUCAGAACCAUGAGAGAAACUAUCCUAACUCUAUACAAACGUACAGACUUUCAACAGAUUUGUGGGAGGGCAUAUUUGUUGCCGUGUUUUUUUUUUUUCUUAUGACAUUUCUGAAUAUCCCUGAUAAUACAUAAAGUUGUAUGUAACAGUACCGAAAUCCCAACACUUCAUUCUAGGUUAUUUUACAGCAGCAGAAACCUCAAGCUUGUGGUCAUACUGUAUAUUUACAUUACAAGUACAAUAUUGACUUUGCAGUCAUAGGAAAUGUGUACAGCAUAGGUUUGUUUAUUUGCAGUCACCUGCAGGACAUACUCUAACCCACUGCACCAGUAUGACAAAAUGCUCAUGACGUCCUUAUGGUAACAGAUUCAGAAUUUAUCAUCUUUUAUGCCUGCUGGCUAACAUGAUAGAGAAAUAAAUUCACAUUUUAAACAGUGGACAGCCAUAGCUAAAUGUGAUUGAUAUGUGAUUGUUGUGUGGUCUUUGGAUUUGAACGAUAAAUGGAAAGCUUGAAAGACUUGUGUAUAUAUCUACUAUAAAAUGUGUACGAAAUGA